GAGGUGAAAGGUAACCGGCUGCUGUUGUGCACCGACACACAUCUUCUGUGGGUCAGCCGGACGCAUCACAGGAUCAAACAUGAAUAGCAGUCGAUAUUUGUUGCUUUUAAAUUCUCUUCGCAACGGGAGCAGGCUGCUGGCUAGUGCCGCUAAGGUUCACCAGCGGAGGUUUUUCAGAGCUCAGUCCAGACAUCUCGCCUAUGCCAAGGACUUGUUUCUUGGUCAGGUGAACAAGGCAGAGGUCUUCCCCUUCCCAGAAAUUGGAAAUGAGGAAUUGGCUGAGAUCAAUCAGCUUGUUGCACCAGUGGAGAAGUUCUUCAAUGAGGACGUGGACUCGGCGAAGAUCGACAGAGAAGCCAAAAUCCCUCAGGAGACUUUAGAUGGUAUAAAAGCACUCGGCCUAUUUGGAAUCCAAGUUCCAGAAGAGUAUGGGGGUCUUGGAUUGUCCAACACCAUGUACGCCCGCCUGGGGGAGAUCAUCUCAUUAGAUGGAUCUAUUGCUGUGACGCUGGCCGCACACCAGGCUAUAGGACUCAAGGGGAUUUUGAUCGCCGGGAAUGACGCCCAGAAGGAGAAGUACUUGCCAAAACUGGCAUCAGGAGAAUACAUCGCUGCCUUCUGUCUCACAGAGCCUGGAAGCGGAAGUGAUGCAGCCUCCAUUCAGACCAGAGCGACACUAUCAGACGAUGGCAAACAUUACCUCCUUAAUGGCUCCAAGAUCUGGAUAUCAAACGGUGGAAUCGCUGACAUCAUGACCGUGUUUGCCAGGACGGAGGUGGAAGUGGACGGUGUGAAGAAGGACAAAAUAUCUGCUUUCAUUGUGGAAAGGGCGUUUGGCGGCGUCACCAGCGGCAAGCCUGAAGACAAACUGGGCAUCCGAGGCUCCAACACUUGUGAAGUGUCCUUCGACAAUGUUCCUGUGCCUGUGGAGAACGUGAUCGGUGAAGUCGGUGGAGGCUUUAAGAUCGCCAUGAACAUCCUGAACUCAGGGAGGUUCAGCAUGGGAAGUUCAUCAGCUGGGAUGAUCAAAAAGCUCAUAGAGCUGACUUCUGAAUAUGCUGCCACCAGGAAGCAGUUCAAUAAACGUUUGAGUGAAUUUGGAAUGAUUCAGGAGAAGUUUGCUCUCAUGGCCCUCAAUGCCUUCGUGAUGGAAAGCAUGGCGUACUUGACUGCAGGAAUGAUGGACAGACCUGGUGUCCCGGACUGCUCUGUGGAGGCCGCCAUGGUCAAGGUCUUCAGCUCAGAAGGAGGCUGGAUUUGUGUCAGUGAAGCUCUGCAGGUUCUUGGGGGUCUGGGUUACACCAAGAACUACCCCUUUGAGCGCUACGUUCGGGACUGCCGCAUCCUGCCCAUCUUUGAGGGGACCAAUGAGAUUCUGAGAAUGUACAUCGCUCUCACGGGGAUGCAGUACGCUGGCAAAAUCCUCACUGGGAAGAUAAAGGAGAUGAAGAAGGGAAACAUCGGGCUGGCGGUGGCCAUGAUGGGCAAGAAACUAAGGGUUUCGAUGGGUGGUUCAGUGAACCUCGGUCUGACCGGGAAGGAUGGCGUGGUGCAUCCCAGCUUGACAGAUAGCGCAAAGAUGCUGGAAGAGAACGUGCAUCUCUUCGGCACCACCGUGGAGAGUCUGCUCUACCGAUUUGGAAAGUCCAUUGUAGAUGAGCAGCUCAUCCUGAAGAGAGUCGCGGAUGUGCUGAUCAACAUGUACGCCAUGACCGCCGUCCUGUCCAGGAGCAGCCGCUCCAUUUCCAUCGGCCUGCGAAAUCAUGACCACGAGGUGCUGCUCACCAACACCUUCUGCUCCGAGGCCUUCUUCAAGAACAACUACAUGAUGGUUCAGCUGCAGAAACACUCUCCUGAGAACAACGACGCCAACAUCAAGAAGAUCGCUGAGCAGGUCCUGGACAACCGGGCCUACGUCUGCUCCCACCCUCUGGAAAGAACCUUUUAGACCGACAUUCGGUCCUCACUUAUGAAGCUAUGUGAUCCUCGUCUUUUGCACCUAUGAUCAGUGCUGAUGAAUGGUUCUGAAGAAAUUAAAAUGUUC